CUGUAUUUAGUGGUGUAGCUAUAGUAGUCGGUACAACUCAUGUUCCCACGAUACCUUGUCUGCUGGCUCCGGCUUCUGAAGAAGCCGGAGUCAGAAACACGUCCAUUAUCUUCAUAGCCAUGUGCCUUCCCUGCCCAUUGCCCGGAACCUGGCUCUCCUAUGUUUCUUCUGUUCCCUCCUCAGAGACACCUGACGCCUGUCUGGUUGAUUCUUAAAUCAGAGUCGCUUUCUGCAUUAUCUACCUCGCUUCCGUAGGUGUUAGGGGCUUCGGCGCUCCGUUUACAGUGUCCAACUUUUUGGUGGACUUUAAGUGGGACUGAAGGGAUGUUCGCUCGACUGUCACGCCAGUCUGCCAGGUGGCUAGAUGUGCGCGUCGGACACACAUUGUCUAGCAAUGACAAUGCCAUGUCGGUCGAUGUAAACGUGCUCACCUGUCUCGACUUGUCGUGGCGCGGGCUGUGUGCCCAAACUAUUGAGCCUGUGUAUCAUGGCUUGAAAAAUGUCAUGGAGGAAGACUUGGACACAGUUGCUAGGCUGUUGUCAGAAUUAGAUCCCCUUGGUGAAGAACUUCAACAGACUAAUGAAAAUUUAGAAGCACCAUCUCAUUCGCAGCUCUCGUUACCGGCGAUCGCGAGAGUUCAUGCGGCAGAGGACUGCGCAUUGCCGUGUCCUGACGUUUCACUGCCAGAACGACCGAGAAGAAAGCGUCGGCGAUCUUCUUCUUUAGUCGAACCGCUUGUCAUCAAACCCACGCACCCAUCUGCUCCGACAAUUAUCGUUUCACCGUGUCCAUUCCAGCCACGUGAAACCUCGUCUUGGGUACCGUAUCAAGAUGCAUCAUUUGGCACGCGCCUCACGGUGCCUACAUACGCCCCGUCAAACGGCGCGUUUCCGCCCCUUGUAGUGGGCCCACUCAAUCUCAACGACCACGUCGAUGAUUGGAAGUAUGUCAACGGCCAUUGGUGUGCUGUUCUUCCCACACAGGAUGAACAGUGUAGAAGGGGGCUAUAUUCCAAGAGUGUAGUUUCUAGGCGGCGUUCGAGGCUACAGCCUCCUUGUCGGACGGACGUUUGAGUUUUUGCUGCGCCCAUGUGUCCAUCUACCACUAACUUCAUUGUCGUCCGCUCGUUGCAUUCGCCGUAUUGGGCAGUUCAUUUCAUAAAACAUAUGGCAUUCUCAUGUAUUGUAUCUAUCAUGUUAUCUAAAUGUUCAAUACCACUGUAGAGAUCAACUUAA